ACUAACACCAACAUCACACCCCAGAUCAGCAUGGCGGAACCAGAGAAGAGCCUCAAGAAGCUGGAAGCAGAGCAAGAAGCAGACGACGCCGACCUCCUCGCCUCUCUCGACAAAGAAGCCAAAGAGUUCGACAAGGACGCCGAAAUCCAACGCAUCCUCUCCGCCUUCCGCGCAAACGCCUACGACGUCCUCGACCUCCAGCCCGGUGUGCCAGACGACGACAUCAAGAAAACCUACCGUCGCAAAUCCCUCCUCAUCCACCCGGACAAAUCCUCCAACCCCCGCGCCCCCGACGCCUUCGACCGACUCGCCAUCGCUUAUCAAUCACUACUAGACGCCAAGAAACGUGAACGUCUCGACGAAGCUAUAGCGGAUGCUCGCGAGCUGUUGAUCCGGGAUCUAGGAUUGACCAAAGAUAGCGAAGAAGUUAAGGAUCCAGAUGUAGUGUUUAUGGGCAAAUGGAGGGAAAAGGUCAAGUUUGUGCUUGCUGAUAAUGAGGCACGGCGGCAACGGCAGAUGAAGGCGCAGAUGCAGGAGGAAGGGAGGCAGCAGCGGAAAGACGAGGAGGAACUGACGGAGAGGAAAAGGAAGAGGGAGCAUGAGGAGCAGUGGGAGAAGACGCGGGAGAAGAGGAUUGAUAGUUGGAGGGAGUUUAGUGGGAAGAAGGGGGCGACAACUAAUGGUGGGGUGAAGAAGGGGAAGAAGAUGAAGACGUUGGGAUGAGGUGAUGGGACGGUGGGAGGAGGUUGAAUGCUUUAUGGUACUGGCUGUGUUACGAUAUCUUUAGCGAGGCGUUUGGGCGUAGUGAUAUUGCUGGCCUAUGGCGUGAUGAUCUGCCGGGCAGUCAUGAAAUAUUUGAGCCACGAACGCCUGAAGGCGGCGACAGGUUGAGCAUGGACAUAAGACUCACCGAUACUCAUUAUACAGCACAACGUGCUAUGGAACGGCGAUCGAGCA